UUUCAGCUGACCGACCAAUCAUUGAGAGGAGGCGGGCCUGCGCGCCCUGCUGCAGAUUUUGAAUCGCUGCCAGCAGCGUGAGCGAGUUUCCUCAACAUCUCCUGGCACCAGGCUUCCAAUCCAACAUAUAUCAGCAGUCUGAAUAUGAUUUAAAUCGUGUCACGUUUUUGUAGGUUCACCGUGUCUCAACAGUGUACUGUAACCCACCCGCAGCUCUGACCAUGGUUUUCAUCAGGAUUCAGAAGAUGCAGAUUCAAGAGAAGCAAGAUUACAGAUGAGGCAGCAGGUGUGGGAGAGAUCUGACGAGGUGUGUGGGCCCGUAGCGUGACAGGGAGCGGGACAUGAGGACCAUUCUUCCUGUGUGUGGAGGCGGCGAUGGAGGGGAGUCCCGCGGCCUCCGCAGCAGGGUGGGCAGGAUGAAGAAGCUUCUUUGGCUCAGGCCGAGUCACUGCGUGGACGUCCACAUGGACACGGAGCCCGGUGUGUGGCUCACGAGCUUCCAGUUGUUGGACACUGAUGGACAAUAUGAGGACCCGGUGCAGGAGUGGGGGGAGGAGGAGGAGGACGGGGCCGUGUUUGGCAUCACGCUGCGCAGGGAGCCCGUCCUGCCGGGCGCAGACACGGCAGAGCUCCCUACGGCCUUCAGCUUCGUCCAGUACCACACAGUGAAGGUGCGCAGGCUGAAGGCCGCCACCCUGGAGCGUCUGGUCACCCACCUGCUGGACCCUGAGCACCAGGAGCCCAACUUCAUCCGCGUCUUCCUCUCCACCUACAGGGCCUUCACCUCCACCAGCACCCUCAUCAAGCUGCUGUUUCAGAGAGACGACUCAACCACCAACCUGGAUAACACCGUCUGCCCACGCAGUACCUUACCCCCGGUGAUCCGGCUGUGGCUGGAGGAGUACAGUGAAGACUUCAAUGAGCCCCCUCAGUACCAGGCCCUCCGGCUGUUGUGUGUCCACUUGCGGCAUCGCCUCUGCUUCAGACGCUUGGCUCAGACUGCCGAGACCCUCCUCAAGAGGCUCCAGGAACCAGAUUGCAGCCAGUCUGCAUCAGAGCACAACAGUGAAUCACUGCAGCAGGAGGACAGAGAUCAAGAGGAUGGCGGAGAGACGUCCACUAAGGAGGAAGACAAAUACAACUUUAUGGACUUCCCUGUGAGAGAAGUGGCGGAGCAGCUGACCCGAUUGGACGCUGAACUGUUUGUCAGAGCGGUGCCCUUCCACUGCCUGGGCUGCGUCUGGUCCCAGCGUGACAAGAAGGAAAACCGAAACCUGGCGCCCACCGUCCGUGCCACCAUCUCCCAGUUCAACGCCGUUACCAACCGUGUCAUCACCUCCCUCCUCUGCCCGCCCUCUCCAAGUCCUUCCACUUCCUCUCCCAUCUCAUCACCCAGCUCCUCCUCUAACUUCCUGUACCCCUCCACUGCCCCGAGCUCACCUCGCUGCGCACACACCAGCCCCGCCCACAGAGCACGCAUCAUCGAGAGGUGGAUCGCUAUUGCUCAGGAGUGCAGACUGCUGAAGAAUUUCUCCUCUUUGAGGGCCAUUCUUUCAGCCCUGCAGUCUAACGCUGUGUAUCGUCUCAAGAAAACCUGGGCUGCUGUCAGCAGGGAAAGCAUGGCCACCUUUGACAACUUGUGUGAAUCUUUCCCUGAUGAGAACUGUGUGCUAACCAGCAGAGAGAUCCUGGUGGAGGAUGGGAGUCACCCAGAUGGCAGUGCCACCCCGGGCUCCAAAUCACCCCGGCUCUGCUCAGCGUCCAGACAGAUGAACUUCAGCAGUGGUGUGGUGCCAUACCUCGGCACUUACCUGACUGUCCUCACCAUGCUGGAUACAGCACUGACUGACACUGUGGAGGGCGGACUCAUCAACUUUGAGAAGCGCAGACGGGAGUUUGAGAUUCUGUCUCAGAUUCGGCAGCUUCAGGCUUCCUGUUCCCACUACAGCCUUCCAGUCAACUCUCAUAUCACCACCUGGCUGCAGGCACAUACGCUGCUCACAGACCAGGAGAGCUAUGAGCUGUCUCGUGACCUGGAGCCUCCAGUUGACCCCUGUCCCAGCUCUCCCAACUUAUGGAGCAGUCGUCUGCUCACUAAGAAACUCGCCUCGUUGCGAACAGUUAGUGACAGCUCCCUUAGGAAGACCCACGCUGACCAGAUCAGUGUGUCGUCUUCUGGCUCCAGUAGUUCAGACAUGGAGGACCUCGCCACCCCUCAGCCCUCCCCCCUCAGACUCAAACUCAAGUCUCUCUCAGGCUCUCUCCACAAUGUUGCAGAGGAUUUUUCCUCCAGCUCCAUUUCCCCCUCCUCUCCCAGUCUUUCCAGCUCUUCCUGCAGCUCCUCACAUCCCGACCUCAGCUCCUCUUCUCCCGCUCUGAACCCAGAGUCGUCAUCGUCCGGCUGCUCUCCUCAGGCCGUGCUGCCCGUCUACAACAAACAGGUUGCUGACACGUGUAUCAUCAGGGUCAGUGUGGAGUGUGUCAGCAAUGGAAAUGUCUACAAGAGCAUACUGCUGACCAGUCAGGACCACACACCUCAGGUGAUUCAGAGGGCUCUUGAAAAACACCACAUGGAGGAUGUCAGCUGCCAGGAUUUCAGCCUCUGCCAGAUGCUCAACAAUGGAAAAGAGCUCCAGAUCCCAGACAAAGCCAACGUAUUUUAUGCCAUGAGCACCUCCGCCAACUAUGACUUUGUGCUGCGUCAGCGCUGGAGGAGCCACGGGAGACAUCUGGGCUCCUCUUCCAGUCCUGGAGCUCAACCCAAGAGCCGCCACACCAAGUGAAAAGCAUCUGUCCUGGCUGAAUGUUAGGAGUACAUCUAGAAGACAAGAGGAGCUGCUCAUCUGCAAUGACAGCCCAACAACACAUCUGUGGCUGUUUGUAUCUGCUCAUCACCAUGAGGCUGUCACUGUGCAGCAGGUAGGAGCCGCUCUGCCAUAGAGACUCCCGAGAAACCAGAGCUUUGACUGACAAAUAACCUUGAGGAGCUCUCAUCAAGAAGUAGUCUUCACCGGGAGCAACACUGAAAUGUGUUAUACCAAGAAUUAUUCUGGACUGUUUAAACAAGAGAAACAUGUCCAAGUAUUCAGAAGAGAGACACCAAGAAGAAAUCAGGAUUUUGUAUUCUCAUAUUGUUCUCUAUCAACUUAAACAUCAUCAACAUCUUUUGGAUAAAUGAACCACAAUUUUUUUCCAAAGAUUUACACACUUGUAUUAUUGCACAUUACAUUGUGGAUUAUUGCACAACAUAAACUGCACAGCACUUCAGGUUUCACUGCAGCUACAUAGAAACAUCAGGAGCAGCUGGUCUGGAGAAAUGGUCAUUGUCAUGAUUCUACAGGAGAAAAUGUGGCUGCAGAAUCAGGCUGGCAGACUCGGCUGCAAUUUCUUGUCUCAGACUGGUACAGCAGACGUGGGACUUUUGCUUCAGCCUAUGUGGCUGAAUGACUAACUGACUUUUUUUAACUACGCAAAGCUAGUGACUAAGUAGGGAUGCUCACUGUUAGUUGACGAGUAAGCAUUCCCAAACAGAUCUGGGUCAAAUGUGAACUCUGUCUGAUUUCAGUCAUGCCGAGCUCAUUGAAGAAGAAUGAGACUGUUUGGACUCUGACACUGAGAUUUUAUUUGUCGGGAGAGUCAGUAAUAAGUAUUCAGUCAUCUUCUAGUUGAGGAUUUAAAUGUUUUAAUGUAACUUAAUGUAAUUUUAUCAACUUAAAUUAUUUAAUGCAUUUCAGUAUUCAGCUUUUCGGGCAAAAGUGGCAUGAUGAAAAUGUGUUUGUUUCUGUUUGUUUUUUUGGGGGUUCAUUUUGGAUCCUCUCUUCACUCUUUAUUGCUACACUGUUUUCAGACAUACUUAAAUUGCUUUGGUAUCUAAUAAGCUCAACUUAAGUUUGCAUUAUUUUCAAUGAAGAAAGCUGACUUUUUACAGUCUGCUGUUAUUGAAUGAAGGACACUUUGUAUGUGAGUAUAAUGUGCACGUUACAAAUGUUUAUGCUCAGUGGUCUCGCCUGGACUGUGGCAUUUAUAUCAGGGUUGAAAGAGCAGUUGAAUAGCUGAUAUAGAGGUGUCUCUGUUGUGUUUUCCUCACUGAUGAUGAAGGUUGUGAUUCAGGUGAGGCAGUUCAGCACGGUCUGUUAUCCAGUGCAAUUAAAGCACAACAGGCCUUCUACAGUGAGUGGAAUAUGUAGCUCACUCCACCUUUGUGAUGCUGUGAAUGAGAUUAAUCUAAAGAACGGUUCGUGUAUGUGAAAAUGAAGUGUCCCAGUAUGUGAAUUUAAUUUAGCAUUUGAGCUCAUCUCAGUGGUACGAAAUCCCCCACAAAACUCUAAAGGCAGCUUUCUGCAGGUAUUAAAAGUGAAAACUGGUUUGAAGUUAAAGUUUUCAGUCAUUGGAUGAUGCACACGGAGUGGGUUCACACCCUGUUUAUAAUGAAUUUUUUUUUUAAAAACACUGGUGUAGUUUUGUGCAGGAUUUUGCAUCUCUGGGUGUAGCUUUAAUGCUGCUGUGGUUUGAUAAAAGUCAGGUGAGAGGUUGGUAACAAACGUCUGGCAGCUGCAAUAUACAAUUCGAAGGAGCAUGACUUCUGCUGUGUCUGUUUUUCUGUCGACUGUAUUAUUAGAGGCUUUCGUGUUCAUUCUCUCCUUCAUUAUGUGUUUGACAUGUGUCAACAUGCAAGCCUACAUGUCUUUGUUCUAUUUUAUUUCAACAGAUUCUUUAUUUUUUAAAGUUUAAUCUAAGCACAUGUUAUUUAUAAUUAGUAUUAAAUGUCCACUAAUAAAACCAGUUUACUAUUAA